AUGGAUAUCCUCAAAGUUUUGUCGCGCGGCAUCAAGCAGCCACCCAAGGGCGCCAAGGGCGCUAGCAAGCCGCCAGCGAAUUUGCCGUCCGCCGGCAACCGGACGAACCCCCAGCUCUUCCACGACGAGGUGCCCUCGGCGCGCGGCCACAAGAGGAAGCGCGGCAGAGACGAGGUCGAGGAGAAGGAGGAGGAACAGCUGCCCGAGGUCGACUUCUUCGCCCCCAAGACCGACCCCUCCGAAGAAGCAGCCAAAGUCAAGGAGGCCGCCGCUAAAGAGAAGAAGAACGCACCACCUCCCUCCCCCGCCGUCAAGCCGAAGCUGCUUCCCGAAGACGAGUGCCGACAGAUCCUCCGCUCCCACCGGCUGAAGCUUACCUUGCUUUCCGAGCGCCACAAGAACCCGUCCAAAGUCACCAAAAGCAAGAAGAAGAAGAAGGUCGCCGUCGAGGUUGAGAAGGAGACGAACCAGCUGCACCCCCAGCCCUUGACCACCUUCCGCGAGCUUCGGACGAACUACGGCAUCGCGCCGCUGCUGGCGGAGAACCUCGCCCAUCAGGGGUUCAAGGUGCCGACCGAGGUCCAGCUCGGCGCCUUGCCGCUGCUUUUGCAACCAGAGCUUGCCCUGAAGGAGGUUCCCCGUAAUGAAGAGCUUGGCGAUGUCUCCAAGGGCAUCGAUUUCCUCGCCGUCGCGCCGACAGGCAGUGGAAAGACAAUCAGCUUCUUGAUCCCCGCCAUUAACUCGAUCAUGCAGAAGAGGGCCACUGUAGAGGACCAGGACGAACACGACCUAUCCGCCAUCAUCAUUGCCCCGACGAGAGAACUCGUCUUCCAGAUCGUGAACGAGGCGCGCAAGUUGGCCCAGAACUCGGGCAUCAAGGUGGCCGGCAUGAAGAAGGGCAUGCGCCUAGCUGUCGAGGAGGAGGAGAAGCCCGAGAGCGAGGACGAAGACAUGGAGGAUGAGGAUGAUGGUGAGAAGUCUGACGACGACGAGGACAGCGAGACAGAGCCCGCCAGGACAAAGUCUGUCGUCAAAGCCGACAUCCUCGUCACAACGCCGGCGCUUUUCUUCAACUUCCUCACGUCAGGGUCGCCGAAGACGAACCGCAAGCUCCCCAAUGUGACGUCUUUGAUCCUCGACGAGGCAGACGUGCUACUUGACCCCCUGUUCCGUGAGCAGACCAUGGCCAUCUGGUCCGCGUGCCCCAACCCCGCGCUGAGAACAACCUUCUGGUCGGCGACCUUUGGCUCCAACAUCGAAACCCUCGUCACCGAGGCGCAGUCGGCAAAGCCCGAGCCCAAGCCGCUGAUCCGUCUCGUGGUCGGCCUCAAGGACACGGCCGUCCCCAACGUCACUCACAAGCUGGUCUACACCGCGACCGAGAAGGGCAAGCUCUUGGGUCUGCGCCAGCUUCUUCACCCCACGGCCGGAGACGAUUCAGGCCCGCCGCUGCGACCCCCGUUCCUGGUAUUCACCCAGACCAUUGAGCGCGCGACGGCCCUCGAGGAGGAGCUCAAGUACGAUAUCCCGCUCGCGGCCGGCGGCGCCACCAGAAUUGCCGCGCUGCACAGCGGCUUGGCGGACAGGGCACGCGCAGACAUCAUGCGCCGCUUCCGCGCCGGUGAAGUGUGGAUCCUCAUCACGACUGACGUGCUCGCGCGCGGCGUCGACUUCGCGGGCGUCAACGGCGUCGUCAACUAUGAUGUGCCCGGCUCCAGCGCCGCGUACGUCCACCGCGCCGGCCGCACGGGCCGUGCUGGGCGCGAGGGCGGCGUCGCCGUCACCUUUUACACGACGGACGACAUCCCCUUCGUCAAGAGCGUCGCCAACGUCAUCGCCGCCAGUGAGAAGCAGGCCGGCAAGACGGGCGACGAGGCCAACGUGCAGAAGUGGCUGCUCGACGCCCUGCCCAACGUCAGCAAGGCCGACAAGAAGAGGCUGAAGGAGAAGGGCGUCGAGGCCCGACGCAGUCACGGGGCCGCCAUGAUCUCAUCCCAGAGCAAGUGGGACCGGCGCAAGGAGACGAAUAGGCAGGGCGCCACCGCAGCGAAUAAGCAGAGGAUGAAGCACGCCCGAAGGGUAGACGAGGGUGAUGGGGGGGAAUGGGGCGGCAUCGACGACUAA